AUGUGGAUCGGACUGGCCGGCACAGCACUUGCUAUGCUGCUGGUCGUUCCGCCCUGGCCUAUUUACAACAAACAUCCCCAACCAUGGCUUGGUUCCCAAGCUGCAUUGCCGCCAGGAGGGAUUGUGGUGGGAGGGAAAGCUCGGUGA